AUGCGCAUUCAAUUAGAAAAGAGUAUACUUUUAUUUUUAUUAUCAACACAGGUAAUGGCAUUACCAGCCAUAAUUCCCAAAGCCAUUCAUGUCCCUCUCCACCGUGUGAAAAGCACCACCAAUAGACUCAGCAAACGAGGAACGACCAUCCCACUUGUGGAAGACAUUGACCUCAGUGAAUUAGCAGUCAAAGUAUCGAUUGGGACACCCGCACAAGACUUUAUGUUGAUAUUUGAUACGGGCAGUGCGGAUACAUGGAUACCUUCAACAGAAUGUUCAGCUAUGGAUGGUUGCCCUACAUUUCUUAAACAUUUUAAGCAAUCAGAAUCUAGUACUUUUGGGGAAUUACAGGACGAUUUUUUAAUUACGUAUGGUAUCGGUAGUGCUAGAGGAACUUAUUUUAAGGAUACCAUCUCCAUGGGCGAUUUGACGAUCGAAGACCAAAUGAUGGCCUAUGUCACAAAUGCAGUUGGGCCAAUUUCAGAACAAGAGGCCAGUACAGAUGUCGAUCAUAUUAUCCUGGACGGAAUCUUGGGUGCUGGUUUAUCCGACGGCACUUCUCGCUUCUUGCAAGGGAAAGGAGAGAAAUACGACCCGUUCCCGAUUUCACUCUACAAAGCUGGUCAGAUCCCAAACCCGGUAUUCUCAGUGUCAAUGACCAAUGACGGUGGUAAAUUGGUGCUGGGUGGCAUUGAUACCGAAGCAAUUACAGACAAGUUCAUCUAUACAAAUCUGGUGGAUACCAAUCGAUGGUCUGUCAAUGUCCAAGGUUUCCAGUUCCACAACCACCAGAAUGUGGAAGAGUCACGUAAUUUCAAAUUUAAUAUAGAAACUCCCUUUGGUGUAGAUACAGGAUCAAAUUUCAUGUAUUUACCUCGUGCUUUGGCCAAUGAUUUAGCACUCUCCAUCACCAUGAACCAAAAUACUUCCUUUGCGCUAAAUGAAAAUGGUGUCUAUACCAUUGAUUGCCAAUUUGGCUCCAGUCUCGAUUCCAUUAACAUAUACUUUAAAUCUUCCAUUGAUAAAUCACUUGUCAAUAUCAAUUUACCCGUAUCACAAUUAAUUACCAAAAAGGCUUCCGAAGAUGAAUGUUUACUCUUGUUUAUUCCCUCUGACGAUAAAUUUAUUAUUGGAAAUAUGGUUCUUCGAGACUUUGUCACCGUUUUUGAUUUCGGUGAUAUUCCCCGUAUUGGCUUUGCUCCUUCCAAGACUUCACUAUCAAUUACAGGAGAAUAA